AUGCUCAAGUGUGGUUCGGCAGCGCAUCCACUGCGCCGCGCACAGGCUCUGCGGAGCUUGGCUGCGGUGCGACCCGGAGCAGCUGCGCGACACUAUGCGACAGAGAUUGAGCCCAAGGCGCCGAGGCAGGGCAAUGAGCAGAAGCUGGGGAGGUCGUUCCAGGGCCAGGUCAUGGGCAGCAUCGGGGCUCGUCUGAGGAGGGAGCGCGAGCAGCGCGAGCAGUACGAGAAGUGGAGGGACAUGAACGACCCUGCGAGGAAUUGGAUGCUGACUUUCUUGUUCUUAUCGAGCGUUGGCAUUUCAUACUGGCUGGGUACCUACUGGCCGCGAGAACCCGAGCAGACCUCGACGUUGCCCUUAUCCAAGACGAGACCACCGGCGCAUAACGUCAAGCUGGAGAACAUGCAGGCGGCAUGGGCGGACUUUGUCAAGAUUGUCGGAAAGGAAAAUGUCAGCACGGACGAGGACCAGAUAACUGCGCACUCUACAUCGGACUGGACGAGCCACAAGGCCGGACCUGACGACCGUUCGUUCUGCGUGGUGUAUCCCGGCUCAACGGAGGAGGUGUCGGAGAUUAUGAAGAUCUGCCACCUGAGGAAGAUUCCGGUCUCUGCCUACAGUGGAGGAACUAGCAUUGAGGGGCAGUUUACGCCGACGAGGAAGGGCAUUUCCAUCGACUUUGGCCGGAUGGACAAGGUUCUGGCCUUGCACGAGGAUGAUUUGGAUGUGGUUGUUCAGCCUGCUGUUGGUUGGGAAGAAUUGAAUAGGGAGCUUGGAGAGAAGGGCCUGUUCUUCCCUCCGGACCCUGGCCCAGGAGCCAUGAUCGGAGGCAUGGUCGGAACUGGAUGCAGCGGCACCAAUGCUUACAGAUAUGGCACAAUGAGGGAGUGGGUUCUUAGCUUGACGGUUGUCAUGGCAGACGGCACCAUUCUCAAGACUCGGCAACGCCCUCGCAAGAGCUCUGCCGGCUACGACCUCACAAAGCUCUUUAUUGGAUCUGAAGGCACUCUCGGUCUGGUGACGGAAGCUACGCUUAAGCUUACAGUUAAGCCCGAGUCUAUGAGCGUCGCGGUGUGCUCAUUUCCCUCGAUUCGCCACGCAGCCAACUGUGUGAGCAAAGUUGUCGGCAAGGGCAUCCCCGUUGCAGCCGUGGAGAUUUUGGACGACAACCAGAUGAAGGUCAUCAACAUAUCCAAAACCACUUCUCGCACAUGGACUGAGGCCCCUACCCUGUUUUUCAAGUUUACCGGAACACCCAGCGGCGUCAAGGAGCAGAUUGCGCAGGUCCAAGCGCUCGCCUCGCAGGCCGGCAGCAAGUCAUUCGAGUUUGCCAAAAACGAGACUGAGCGCGACGAGCUGUGGAGUGCGAGAAAGGAAGCGCUCUGGAGCACCAUGUCGGCGAAGAAGGAGGGCGAUCGGGUCUGGACUGGGGACGUGGCUGUUCCGAUGAGUAGGCUGCCGCAGUUGAUUGAGGAGACCAAGGCGGAUAUUCAGAAGAGCGGGCUGUUUGCGUCUAUCGUUGGGCAUGUUGGAGAUGGAAACUUUCAUACUAUUCUUUUGUACAACGAUGCGCAGCGGAAAAAGGCCGAGGCGGUUGUUUCACGGAUGGUGAAGCGGGCAGUUGAGCUCGAGGGCACAGUUUCUGGAGAGCAUGGCGUUGGUUUGGUUAAGAGAGACUACCUGCCUCAUGAACUUGGGGAGACGACGGUGGAUGCGAUGCGCCAGAUCAAAAAGGCCUUUGAUCCUCUGUGCUUGUUGAACUGCGACAAAGUUAUCCGUAUGCAGAAGCCCAAGAGCGGCGAGGUCAAGGAAUGGUGA